CCUGCUGUCAAACGCGCCUGUCAUGGACGUACCUUCAGCCCGACCGUGCAAGAAUGGUGUAAGCGUCGUUGGCAGCGCAAAUUUUCGUGCCCGAGCGUUGUAAUUGAAGUAUUUUCGUACAGUUCGUGCCGUGUUUUCGUGAAAGUGCAGCAGCCGGAGUGCAGCCAAUACGGUGUUUUUCUCCACCGACUGCCACUGGCACACGCAAGGAGGAGCGUGAACCGUGAAUUGCUAAAAAUCAGUAGUGGCCAGCCCAUCAAACGGUAAAUAUUGGCCAGCAAACUGACCGCGCGACACUGCGGAAGUGGGGAAAGAAAGGAUCCUCCCAGGGAUCGGUGGCAGCAGCAGCAGCAGCAGAACCGAAACAACCGCAGCAGCAGCAGCCACCUCGAAAGUGGAUUGGACGCAGGGUCGGCUUUCGCUGGGGUAAGCCACACAGAACUGCACCCAACGAACCGGAUCGUCCGUCCGACGGGCAGCCAAUCGCAGCAACAGCAGCAACCGGUGAGCAAGGGAAGGAAGAAGAAGAAGAAGAAGAUCAAGAAGUCCGGCCGGUGGUUGUUGCGGAGCAGGGGAGCAUCGAAAGCACUGCGGCGCCCCCCACUGUCGCUCCUCCGGCGAAGGCGAAAUCGGCCACCAGUUCGCUGUUCAGCUCGCUGGUACUAGCAGCAGCGCCCAAGCGUCGCAAGGCAAACAACAUCAUCCCGGCCGGUAGUGGUGGUGGUGGCGGUGUUGUUGAGGAGCGCAGCGGCGCCAGCGUCGGCAUCGCCGAGGAAGGAGGCACCCCGGGCCCCGAAGGACGACGACGUGGUGGAGGAGGCGGAGGCGUAGGCUUCCAGCUGCUGACCCGCUUUCUCACUGUUCUCGGCGGAAAACGUGCGCACCGAACGGCCGCAAAAACGGGGAAGGAAUUUCUUCCGACAGAGGGCUUAAAUUUGUGUUUAUUUCUCUCUCUUUCUCUUUCUCUGUUCUCUAUCCUCUGGCCCAACUCCUCCUGGCCUCAUCAUCCCGGUGCGCUGCUUCUCCCAUCUCGAAACUCGAUGUCCCGCCAUCCCGAUUGCUGCUGUCGUGUGCCAAUCGGUUCCUCCAUCACAACAACGGCUGCCCGAUCCCGAUCGCUCCAUUUCUGAAAAAAACCCCAUCAUCAUCAUCAUCCUUCUCCUGUUCCUGUGUGUCCUGCUACUGCUGCUGCCCGGCGGUCGCCCCGGUCGCGUCGCUAUGGAUUUUGACAAAACCGUGGAAGCGAUGGACACGCAAGACGACAAUGAAAUCGAUCCGCCCAACAUUCAGAACCUCACGAACGCGGUCGCCGCAGCACCACCAGCCCCGACGUCAGAGGCCGUCGUCGCCGCAGUGGCGGCAGCCGCCGUCGCCGCCGCCAACGGUGCGAGCGCGGACGGGGGCGGGGAAGCGAUGGCGCUGGACGAUCAGGACUUCCUGAACGACGAGGUGCGGUCGGAGGCCACGUUCAGCUAUGUGAUAACGAAGUUCAGCCGGCUGACCGAGUCGAUACUGUCGCCGCCGGUGUACGUGCGCAACCUGCCGUGGAAGAUACUGGCGAUGCCGCGCAACAACGACAACUCGGUGUCGCCCGCCAAGGGGCUCGGCUUCUUCCUGCAGUGCAACGGCGAGAGCACCAGCAACAACUGGAACUGCUCCGCGUCGGCCGAGCUGCGGCUGCUGAAGGCGGACCGGAGCGCGGAACCGUUCAUCCGCCGGAUCCGGCACACGUUCUGCAUGCAGGAGAACGACUGGGGCUUCUCGUCGUUCAUGAACUGGCAGGAGAUACUGGACCCGGCGAACGGGUUCAUCGAGAACGACACGAUCACGCUGGAGGUGUACGUGAACGCGGAGCCGCCGCGCGGCAUCUUCUGGGACUCGAAAAAGCACACCGGGUACGUGGGGCUGAAGAACCAGGGCGCCACCUGCUACAUGAACUCGCUGCUGCAGACGCUCUACUUCACCAACCAGCUGAGGAAGGCGGUGUACAAGAUGCCGACCGAGGCGGACGACGACUGCAAGUCGGUGGCGCUCGCGCUGCAGCGCGUCUUCCACGACCUGCAGACGCAGAACAAACCGGUCGGCACGAAGAAGCUGACCAAGAGCUUCGGCUGGGACGCGCUCGACUCGUUCAUGCAGCACGACGUGCAGGAGUUUCUGCGCGUGCUGCUGGACAAGCUGGAGAACAAGAUGAAGGGCACCAGCCUGGAGGGCACGAUCCCGAAGCUGUUCGAGGGCAAGAUGAUCUCGUACAUCAAGUGCCAGAACAUCGACUACACGAGCCGGCGCACGGAAACGUUCUACGACAUCCAGCUGAACAUCAAGGGGAAGAAAAACAUCCAGGAAUCGUUCAAGGACUACAUCGCGACGGAGAUCCUGGACGACGACAACAAGUACGAUGCGGGCGAGCACGGCCUGCAGAAGGCGGAGAAGGGCAUCCUGUUCAUGAAGUUCCCGCCCGUGCUGCACCUGCACCUGAUGCGCUUCCAGUACGAUCCGAUCUCGGACAAUUCGGUCAAGUUUAACGAUCGCUUCGAGUUCGACGAGAAGAUCAACCUGGACCCGUUCCUGGAGUCGCACGAGGAGACGCCGGCCACGUACAUACUGCACGCGGUGCUGGUCCACUCCGGCGACAACCACGGCGGCCACUACGUGGUCUACAUCAACCCGAAGAACGACGGCAAGUGGUGCAAGUUCGACGACGAUGUGGUGUGCCGGUGCAGCCGCAAUGAGGCGAUCGAGCAGAACUACGGCGGGCACGACAACGAGCUGAACAUGCGCCACAGCAGCAACGCGUACAUGCUGGUGUACGUGCGCGAAUCGGUCGUGCACCAGGUGCUGGAGGAGGUGAAGGAGAGCGACAUCCCGGAGGAGCUGCUCGAGCGGCUGAACGAGCAGCGGCGCAUCCAGCAGGUGCGGCGCACGGAGCGCACCGAGGCGUCCAACUUCGUCAACCUGAACAUCCUGCUCGCCGACUACAUGGAGGUGCACCAGAAGUCGGACCUGUUCGACGCGACGACGGCCGCGUACCGCACGCUCAAGGUGCGCAAGACGACCGACCUUGCCUCGGUGGUGCAGCAGGUCGGGCGCGCGUUCAAGGUCGACCAGUACCGGCUGUGGGAGGUGAAGAAGCCCGCCAACCAGAAGCCGCACAAGUUCGAGUACAUCGAUCCGGCGUCGACGGAGACGUGCGCCAAGUACGCGUCGCCCGAGACGAAGCACUCGUGCACGAUCUUCCUCGAGCUGCCGCUGCCGGGCCGGACCGAGCUCGAGCCGGCCAAAAUCACGUUCGAGGACACGCUGCUGUUCUUCAAGUUCUACGAUCCGGUGGAGAAGCGGCUGAACUACUGCGGCCACGGUCUGUACAAACCGUCGACGACGGUCGCCGAGCUGGUGCGCGGGCUGAACAAGCGCGCCUACUUCGAGCCGGACACCGAGCUGCAGCUGUACGAGGUGGUGGACAUUAACAAGGCGCAGAAAAUCACGGACCAGUUCCAGACGCUGCAGACCGCCCUGUCCUUCCUCUGCCACGGCACGAUCGUGGUGUUCGAGAAGCUGCACCCGCCGCAGGACAAUCUCGAGUUUCCGACGUGCGAGGCGUACUUCAAGGAUCUGUUCUGCCGCAUGGAGGUCAUCUUUCUCGACACGCUCAUCCCGAACGAUACCGGCUUCACGCUCGACCUGUCGUCCGAGUCGACGUACGACCAGAUCGCGAAGGCGGUCGGCCGCCGCAUCAACGUCAACCCGUACGAGAUACAGUUCUUCAAGAGCAAAAACUACAGCGACCUGCCCGGGCAGCCGCUGUCGCACAGCUACGCCGGCUCGCUGCGGGAGGUGCUGCAGUACAGCAAGACGAAAACGAUCCGCAAGCUGUUCUACCAGAAGCUCUCGAUCAACAUCAACGAGCUGGAGAACAAGAAGCAGUUCCGCUGCCUCUACCUGAUGCCGAACCUGAAGGAGGAGAAGGAGCUGAUCCUCUACCCGAACAAGAACGGUACCGUGCGCGACCUGCUCGAGGAGGCCCGGAAGGUGAUCGAGUUCGCGGAGGCGAGCACGAAGCAGCUGCGGAUUUCCGAGCUGUCGAAGAACCGGCUGUCGCCCGGGCCGGCCGACGAUACGCCGCUCGACCAGCUGCACGACUACACCGAGAACCCGUUCGUGCAGAAGUCGAGCAUCGGCAACCAGACGAUGUACCGCAUCGAGGAGGUGGCCGAGGACGAGGUGGCGCUCGGCGAGCACGAGAUGCUCGUGCCGGUGCUGCACUUCACCAAGGACAUCUCGAGCGUGUUCGGCAUACCGUUCUUCAUACGCACCGUGCAGGACGAAACGUUCGCCUCGCUGAAGGAGCGCAUGAAGAAGAAGCUGGGCGUGUCGGACAAGGAGUGGGAGAAGUACCGGCUAGCGAUCAUCACCGAGCACAUCGACUACAUCGACGACGAGAUGAUACAGAUCAAGCUGGAAACGUUCCGGGGCGAUCCGAGCGACCCGCACUCCCGGACCUUCCUCGGGCUGGAGCACAUCAACAAAAACACCAAACGCAGCAGGUUCAACUACAUGGAAAAGGCGAUCAAGAUUUACAACUAGAUAUCCAGCAAGCAGGAGAGAGCGAAAGAGAGAGAGAGAGAGAUAGAGAGAGAUAGAGAUACUAAAUUCGCACUUUACAGUGCUCAGUGAAAAGCCUUGUUUUCCCCCGCCCUCAUCAGGAUCAUCGAUCGAUCGGUUGUCGUCAUCGUCAUCGCCGCUGCUAUCAUCACCACCGCCAACACAACCCCUCGACCUUUUUGUGGGUUGUUGAGUUGAGCCGCUGGAGGGGAGGGAAUGUAGAAAGUAUGUGAGUGUAUUUGAAAUAUCACGAUUUUUUGUUUCUAUUCUGAUCGGUUCUUGUCCAAUAUCGAGGGCACGAAACGGUCAUUUUAAAAUGCAGCAGUGGUCCUCGGCCUUGCCAGAGGCCAAUGCACACGAUUUAUUCUUGCUGCCGGCGAGACACUGAUUGUACCAUAGCAAUGAAUGUUGUGUAAAAGAGAGAGAGAGUAUGCAAAAUACAAAAGAAACGGAUGAGACGAACUAGGUUCGACUUCAACACACACACAACCGGUUGAAGACAGUCAAUAGGCGUGUUAUCGUUCAUUCUUAAAUUGAAUGGCCGGGAAAAUCUUGUUGCAUUGCCUCCAUACAUACACUCACACCCACAUCAGCAGAUAAAAAACAUCGAGAUAGGAGGAUGAAGCAUUGUAAAAUUAGCAAUUACGUACGGACCUGUUUGCUUUUAUGGGGAAAACUUAUCGCAAAAUUAAGGGGCGCCCCCAGCCCCAGUUAGGAACACCACAGCGCACAGCGAAACCGGAGAGAGUGCAAAGAGGAGCAAAACCUGUGCGUUCCCGGAUGCGCGAUUUUUUCUGUUGUCGCAUACACGGUGGGUGUGUUCUAAAAUACUUUUAAAAGCGCUGAACAACGUUUCAUUUUGGGCGCGCGCGCAAGCUUUAUACUGCUGUUUCGUGUGCUUUUGGUUGUAGUUCGUUUAUUAUAUGCUGCUUUUGUAUACAGUUAAUAUAAUUCUACUGAAAUUAAUGUGUUUUUUUUGUGUCUCGUUGUGUUUUGUGUGUUUCAAUCCGGUGCUGUGUUUUGUGUGUACAAUUCGGUUUAUUUUUGCUGUGGAAGCAUGUUAAAAGACUCCCAUUGCAGCAGGACAGCAACGGCAAGCAGGCAGCGACGAACCCAGCACACAACCAGCCGAUGCGUAAAAGAAGGUGCAGAAGGGUGGCGAGAUAUAGGUAUGGUUUGUUAAGGGCGAUCCAUACCUAUAUCAGGCAGCGAUGGCGAUGGGCGAUCGCCAGACAAAGUCUCUACAAACGAAACCCGAACCAACCAACCAAUCAACCAUGAUACAAUUACUGCUGGCAUAGAACGUAAUAAUAAAAAAAAUAGCCCAGAGUGUGUGUGUGUGGGGUGCUUCUCUCGAGCAACAAGUGCCACAGGGAGAUUAAAAAAGAAGAAGAAAAAGAGAAAUCCCCAGAUGGCGGAUUAGGAAUUAAAACGAAUUAUGCAAACAGUUUAAUAUUAUAGAUAGUUGUGAGUGAAUGAGAGGAUAAAAGCAGAUAAGUGUGCACGAGAGGACAGGCUAAUAAUGUUGAACAAAAAAAAAAUGAUGAAAACUAAAACAAAAUACAUAACUGCACACAAACACACAGAAAUACGCGCGGCGUAAGAGAUUUGCUGAGAUGUGCUGAAGGCAAAUUACAAGAUAGGAUGUACAGAUGACACUGACGGCCAACAGAAUGACGAACCUAGCGACCGGUUGGAGGGUUUAAAAAGUUGUCCAAGAACAGACGAUAACUGCAGAGUGUUAAUGCAAAACAAAAGGUGAUCUUGGCAAUUUAAAGCUUAUCUUUGUGUCGCAUGUAAGCAUCGGCUGAGAGAGAGAGAAUAGUAAUUUGUUACUAGGAAGGGAUUGCUUACGUAAAACACUGAUGAUGAGCAUAUUCUCUCUAACGAUUAUAGAAAACAAACAAAACAUCGAUGGCGUAAAAAACCCAGCGGAGACGAAUGAAUAGAAGCUUAAAAAAGAGAUACGAUUAAAACUGAACGAGCGGUGAGAAUUGUUGAGCAUGAGGAUGGAUGAAGAAAGUCUGACUAUGCAGGCGCACGAAGCAAAAGCAGCGCGCGAUCGACAGCAAGACCAAGCCAGCAUAUGAACGCGCACGUUUAGUACUGAUGAUCGCAGCUCUGCCCCAGUUACUGAUUUAUAACUUUAAAACAAAUGUCUAAUAAGAAUAUUUUGCUAGCUUAGUGCGUAGCAUGGAGAAAGCGAGAGCGAGAUGCAGACGGUCUAGUAAGACAGAAAACAGACACGAAAACCCUGCCCAAUGAUCAUCAUGGAAGAGAGAGAGAGAGUAAGUUCAAGCUGUCGGUGUGUAGUAGCAGCUCUCGUGACUUUCAUACACAACGUUGACAGGCCCCCUAGCCUUGCGAGGUGAGGAUUCUAGACAACUUACGUGCACUUACUGAAAACGAAGAAAUCCUUAGCUCUUGCUCUUCUGUGUGUGCGUGUGUAAACGAAGAGGAUGGUUCUUCAUGCCCCCGCCCCCUCCGAAACCACAGACAGAGAAUGUUGGCACACAGGAAAUUGAGUUAUACAGAGUUGUAACACACAGUUUUGAACGAUUGACUGUCGCCGUCACCGCCGCUCAGAGACUAGGAAAGAUUAAGCAACAUUAAAGAGGAAAAUUCAAAAAAAAAAA